AUGCGGUUCCGCUUCGGGGUGGUGGUGCCGCCCGCCGUGGCCGGCGCCCGGCCGGAGCUGCUGGUCGUGGGGUCGCGGCCAGAGCUGGGGCGCUGGGAGCCGCGCGGCGCGGUGCGCUUGAGGCCGGCAGGCGCGGCGGCGGGCGCGGGGGCGCUGGCGCUGCCGGAGCCCGGCUUGUGGCUCGGGGAGGUGGAGCUGGCGCCCGAGGAGGCGGCGCGCGACGGGGCGGAGCCGGGCCGCGUGGACACCUUCUGGUACAAGUUCCUGAAGCGCGAGCCAGGAGGAGCGCUCAGCUGGGAAGGCAAUGGACCUCACCAUGACCGUUGCUGUACUUACAAUGAAAACAAUUUGGUGGAUGGCAUUUAUUGUCUCCCCAUAGGACACUGGAUUGAGGCCACUGGACACACCAAUGAGAUGAAGCACACCACAGACUUCUAUUUUAAUAUUGCAGGCCACCAAGCUAUGCAUUAUUCAAGAAUUUUACCAAAUAUCUGGCUGGGUAGUUGUCCUCGCCAAGUGGAACACGUAACCAUCAAACUGAAGCAUGAGUUGGGCAUAACGGCUGUCAUGAAUUUCCAGACGGAAUGGGAUAUUGUCCAGAAUUCCUCCGGCUGUAACCGCUACCCCGAACCCAUGAGUCCAGACACUAUGAUUAAGCUGUAUAAGGAAGAAGGUUUGGUCUACAUCUGGAUGCCAACACCAGACAUGAGCACUGAAGGCCGAGUGCAGAUGCUCCCGCAGGCAGUGUGUCUCCUGCACGCGCUUCUGGAGAAUGGACACACCGUGUACGUUCACUGCAACGCGGGGGUGGGCCGCUCCACCGCUGCGGUCUGCGGCUGGCUCCAGUACGUGCUGGGCUGGAAUCUGAGGAAGGUGCAGUACUUUGUCAUGGCCAAGAGGCCAGCUGUGUUCAUUGAUGAAGACGCCUUGGCCCGGGCACAAGAGGACUUUUUCCAGAAAUUUGGGAAGAUUCAUUCUUCAGUGUGUAGUCUGUAGCUGGCCAAGCUGCCUCCCCUUCCUCCCAGUUUUUUUUUUUAAGGAUCCUGGAGUGAUGUUAGUAAAAUGACCUAGAAACAAAAGCCCCACUCGAACUGGGAGGACUAUGGUGUGUGCUCCUCCUCCAAGCUGCUCCUGUGCUGCUGGGAGUGGUUUUCCAUCAGGCCUUGGGCUGUACUUUACAAAGGAAGCUGUGAUUGACACCGGAGAAAGGCCGAAAGCAGCUGGGUUGUGCAAUGUUGUUCUAGCAUCAGACACAAAAAGAAUGCAUGCAGUCGCAGCUGCCUCGGGGCAGAAGAGUCCUUUGCUUCACAGGUACUGCAUGGGCUGUAGCAUAGAUUCGUAAGGGCAAUUUCUCCUUGCAUUGUGAUUCUUUGACAUGC